AUGGUGAGUUCUCUUUUCAAUUUUUUUUUUCCUUCAUUAUUUGCUUUUUUUUGUUUUCAAUAUUUCAUUUCAGGGUAUUGAUAUCAACCACAAGCAUGAUCGCAAGGCCCGCCGCACGGCCCCACGCAGUGAAGAUCCGUACCUUCGUAUUUUGUCUAAGGUUAGUUCUAUUCUUAUUACUUUUUACUUAUUUUUCCUCGCAGCUGUACACUUUCCUUGCCCGUCGCACCGGUGAGAAGUUCAACAGCAUUGUUCUCAAGCGGUUGAACAUGUCCAAGCGUUUCCGUCAGCCGAUUUCCAUCGCCAGAAUCGCUCGCAACUUGUCCAAGGAAGGCAACGCCAACAAGCUUGUUGUUACCCUCUCCACCGUCACGGAUGAUGCUCGUCUCUACACUGUCCCGAAGUUCACCGUGAGUUAUUUGUUGAUCUUUCAACAAUUUUAUCUUGGAUUGUAACCAAAUCGCUCGGAAAUGAUUUAGUUUCGAUACACGGUGUCUCAAAUUCAUUCUGAACUAGGCUAAACCUUCUUUUUCUUUUGAUACAAUCAGCUUUUAUUCACCUUUCCUAGUAUUCAUGAUUUUUAUGUUAAAUUUAUUUGCUCGCUUUCAGGUUGCUGCUCUUCACGUCACCGAGGGUGCUCGCGCUCGUAUUCUUAAGGCCGGAGGAGAAGUCAUCACUUUGGACCAACUCGCUCUCCGAGCCCCGAAGGGAGAGAACACGCUUCUCAUCCAGGUCAGAAAUUUUUGAAUUAGUCAUCUCUUCUUUUUAUCGGUAUGAACUGAAUGUGAAGAACAUCUUUUUUUGAUGAUUUUUUUUAGAAUAAAAAUUUGAAUGACUGAAUAAAAAAAAUAAGUUCUAGACUUUAUUUUUCGUCUAUUCAUAUUUUGAAUAAUAAUUCGUGCUCUUUGAUUCUCGUCUAAUCCACUCGGAAUUUAUGGCGGCGUGUUCAUUGGAGAAACGGAAUAUGUUUCAAAACUUGAAAGCGUAUUCAUCGAUCCACAAAGUUGCCCCAAAACAGUGCUACUGUUUGUUUUGGAGCAAUUUUUGCGUUUCGUAACAAUUUUUGUUUGUCCGUUGAACACGCCAUUACUGAAGCUUAAACGAAAAUUCACACUGGUUAGAUCAUGCAUAAAUAAAAAAAAGAAUAUAUAUCGAAUAAAGGAAUGUCUAAAUUUUUUUUCCGUUACUUCGAUCUCGAUUUUUUUUUUUGGAAGUGUUUCUAACUGUUGUCUUAUUUUUUUUUUGCCGUAAAACUGAAAAUUCAUUCGUAGCAAUUUAGUAUCUUUUUAUCAGUAGUCCUUGCUGGUUUUUUCGUGCCCAUUUUGAUGAUUUGAUGCCGUGUUCAAAGUUAUUUCCGCGAAAUGGAAGAUUAUCGCUGAUUCUUCAAGAUUUAAUUACCUUUUUCACUCUUUGACAGCCAUUUUGAAUUCGCAUACACUACGUGAAAGAAAUUUUUUUAUUAUUGAACCUCUUCAUGUAAAACUUUUGAUAGGGAAAGUCUUUUUUUAUAUAUUUCUUUUAGGUCCCUUGAUAAAUAGUCUGAAUGAAUAAUUGAUGAGCUCUGAGAAAAUCGGAAACAUUUUCUAUUCGUUCAUAGAGCGAAAUUAUUAUUUUUUUUCUUUUUUUCGUUUCUUUUUCACAAUGUCUCGUUUUUAGGGACCACGCAAGGCUCGUGAAGCUGAGCGUCAUUUCGGACCUGCUCCUGGUGUACCUCACAGCCACACCAAGCCAUACGUUCGAUCAAAGGGACGCAAGUUCGAGCGCGCCCGUGGUCGCAGAGCGUCGCGAGGAUACAAGAACUAA